UAAGAUUUCUUUUUCAGAAACUGUGAAAAAUGUGUCACAAUGAUACAACAAAUGCUUUAGCGUACAACCGCUGUUCUACCGUUAGAUCCCAUUGUCAAAUAUUCGUUUGACAGUACGUGCUAUGCAGCAGCUGGAUUUGCUCCUCAAGUUUAUCAGCACGUGCGUCUAGUCAUAAACAUACUACGAAUACAAUAUGCAUUGACAAGUCUGCUUCGUUGUGAUCUUCGAUGAAACAAUUCCAUUAGGACUACAGUCUCUUGAACUCAUACGAACUACGACGUCUGUAACGAAUUGGGCGCGAGUGAGACUCGCGCCCAAUAAAGACCUAUAAAGAAACUUAUUAUACAUCACGUAAAUUGUGUCUUGCCCUACAUUUAUUGGGAAAUUAGCAUUUUACUGUAUCGUUAAUGAAAUACCGUGUGGUGCUUUGUUUUUAAGUGGAUGGAAAUGUACUAUACCCCGCGUAACUGAUAGCAUUCCUUAAAUAACACAGUGAAUAAAUUAUUCAAUGGGUUUAUAUACCGUCGACGUGGAAUAGUGGCGUCAGACCACGCGUGGAGAUUGUGCGAAGCUGAUUUAUUCGAUUACCACCGAUAUGGGAAACUUUCACAUAUUUACCUUCCUAGCAGUGAUUAGUUUCGCACUGACCAGUGAUGCAGCCGGGACGCUACUGAAUUCGAUCUUCUUCCGAAGAUACAAAAAUGGCACGCACGAAGACAUCAACAUCAAUGAUAUCACGCUUCAGAACAUGAAAUUGAAUUUGGAUAAACUGACAAUGUUUUACAUUCAUGGUUUCUCAGAAACCGUAGACAGCGAAAGCGUAGUGACAGUAACGAACGCUUAUUUGGCGUCGACAGACAUUAACGUGGUUGCAAUCGAUUAUCGUCAAAUUGCAGGCGAAAAUUACCUCGUCGCUGUAGCAUAUGUUGGCGCAGUCGCGCAGACUAUAGGUAGCACUUUAAACAAAUUAGUGGGGUAUGGUUUGAAUCAGAAUAAAGUUCAUAUAGUUGGGCAUUCUUUGGGUGGCCAACUAUCUGGACAAAUAGGUCUAGUCACCAAUUUCAUGAUCCCAAGGAUAACAGGUUUAGAUCCUGCCGGUCCUCUUUUCUAUACAGGACGGUUUCUGAAGGUCGGCGAUGCUAAGUUCGUCGACAUUAUUCAUACCGACAAAAUGUUUUAUGGUCAAGUAUAUAAUACUGGCGACGUAGACUUUCUUCCGAAUUUUGGACAUAGACUGCAGCCUGGAUGUCCUCUCAGAUUACCGUCAAAUGAUUUCUGCAGUCACCAUAGGUCCUGGAGGUUUUACGCGGAGUCAGUGAGAAAUCCAAAUGGAUUUUUGGGUAUCCAGUGUGACAGCGACUUGAUAUUCAAGAUAGGUUUAGGAUGUAACCACACAGACGUGAUCCCUAUGGGGUAUGCCACACCAACGAACGCCAAGGGCACUUACUACCUCGUCACAAAUUCCAAUAGCCCAUUCGCUAAAGGACUGGAGGGAACAAAACUGUAACUAUCAUCUCGAAGAUUUGUUUAAUUCCCUUCAAAAUAUAUCUGUAUAAAUUCAUGAUUUGUAUUUUAAUGAAUAAAAUAAGUAAACGUUGAAUAUAUUAAAACUCAUGUUAAA